UCACUUAGCAACCACUUGACAUGCAGAUGGUGGACAAAUAUGUAGGCUAUUGUUAACAGGAACUUGUUUUUAUUCCGAAUUAUUCGUGUUUUUCUACCAUUGUGCUGACACCAUGAACAGUUUAGUUUCUCUCCUCUCUCCCUUCUUAGUUUUAUUGAUUUUCAAAUUCUUAAUUGCUGUAAAUUCGGCCGAAAAUGACGACCCAUCGACAUGGCCUGGACAUUUGGAGCCAUUAGGCUCUCAAAACGAAAAAUUAUCACUCGAAACUGUUCACAGCUUUCCUUCACCACAAGACUUCUUCUCAAAAUACGUUAGUACGAUUACUCCUCUUCUAAUUAAAGGGGGAGCUAAACUUUCUCCAGCUUUUUCUAAGUGGACRGACGAGUAUUUCAAGUCGUUACCUGAAGCCAAAAAAUACACGGUCGUGGCUGAACAGGGAAAGAAGGAAAACAGAACGAAUCCUGCUCAAGAUCUGGCUUUUUAUGACUUUGUAGACACGUAUAAGAAGAAGGAUAUUUAUAUGGUACAUGGGGUUCUACCAUUUCUUCAGAAAGAUGUUAUUUUACCUCCAUCACUACAAUGUGAGGAUAUUACUGACAAUAUGUUAGUAGAUACGGUCAUGUGGUUUAGCAGUGGAGGUACUAAGUCAGUUCUUCAUAAUGAUGAUGUUGACAAUAUCAAUUGUUUAUUUAGUGGAACAAAAGAGUUAGUAUUCAUUGACUAUAAGAAGUACAAUAAAAAGGUAAAAAUAGACCAUCCCUCAGGAGGAUACUCUGGAGUAGAUGUUGAUAGGGUUGAUUUUACCAAGUACCCAGGCCUGCGAGACGUUCAGGUCUAUCAYGUUGCUAUGGAACCAGGAGACUGUCUAUUUAUACCUUACAAAUGGUUUCACCAAGUCAGAUCCUAUGAUCGUAAUAUUGCUGUCAAUGUCUGGUUCACACACAAGCCAGGAUUUGAACCCCAGAAAUGCGAUCCUGCCUUAAACAAAGAACCUGAAACUCUAGACAAAUUCAAGUUUUCAGUACUAGAAGCUCAAGCCAAGGGGGAAGAACAAGGACCAGUUGAUUUAAUGGAGUAUUUUGCUGGUUUCUUGAAGGAGCUAGAUGAUGAGGAAAUGACCUUAGAAAUGUUYGUUCAAAGGAUGAAAAAUGAYGAAGUGUUAAUGGGCAACGGAAAAUACAAGUGGAAUGAAAAAUUUUCAAACGUCAUACAAAAUGAACUUGAGAACUUAUCAGCGGAGAUCGAAGACUUGAUUGAAGACCAAAAUGAGCCCAAUUUAGCUAAUGACAAGGACAAGUUGACGGAUCAAACCAACGAAAAGCGAGAGGAACUCUAAAUUAUUAUAACGAUAUUUUAUUUAAUCGAUUAAAAGUUUAAAACAAAAAAGCUGACAUUGAAAGAAAACUAAAAUACAAAUUUUGUCCACAAUUGUUCUUCUUAAAAUUUAAUAAUUUGAAAUUAAAUCAGUA